CAGGUAUUCGAAUCACCAUCAUGCCGAUUUUGGCGAUACAAGCGCUGACCGGUCGACCGCUGGUAUAUCUAGCAUGAACGUUAGGACAAUAAUCGUUAUACACUCUCAACAUCCCUCAUCCCUCGAAUAUGACCGUAGUCUCAAAUGAGCCCAGUUGGUGGCCGUACAUCAAUUCGGCUCGUUUUGACAGCUAUUGGACAGUUGCCGCAGGCAUCGUGGUGGUAUACGAUUGGGUGCUGACACUCGGAGAAGAGAUUGAAUUGAUCUGGGCGCAACGCUGGUCUCUCAUGACUAUGCUGUACCUCAUUAUACGCUAUAUUGGAAUACCAUAUUGUGUUUUCGACGUUCUGCAAAUUAUGCCAUUGGUCUCGCUGACAGAUGAAGUGAGUACUCCGCAAUCAUCUCAUUCCCAUCCAAUGAAUAUAUUCAUAUGCAGGGGUAUCAUUAUAUAUUGCGCAAUAAAUGGGACAAGUGUGGUCGUAACUGUCAUGUUGGGCGUCAUCAUGAUUGCUCGAUUGCAUGCCAUGUAUCAGAGAUCUAGGAAGAUGCUCAUCUUCCUUGUUAUCAUCUUCUUGGCUGUAAACGUCGCCUGCGGAGUAAUCACAAUAAUAGUACUUAAGUAUGAUGGUGUAGCAGAGGAGGUAGUACUCUCUGGCAUUCAUAUAUGCUAUGUUGAAUUUGGAGGGGACUCCCAACUUCUGGUAUCAAUGAUUUGGAUGCUCAACACUAUUUGGGAGGCCCUCGCACUGUGUCUUACAGUCUGGAUCGCUGUGAAGCACUUCCAUGAUCUGCGACGACUCGGCCCAUUGACGGGAUCCCGAUCGACCAUCGGGGACUGUUUCAGAGUGCUCAUGGAAUCUCAUGUGCUUUAUUUUGUUAGCUUUGCCGGUGUCUCUUCUCUUCAGCUUGUUGCUCUCUCUUCAGAGAUCGAGAAUCCGAGUUCUGCUGGAGCCGUGAUACUCAAUGGUACUAUUGACAUUUUAUUGUCCGUGCAGAUGUUUGUGCUAGGACCACGCCUCAUCCUUAGCGUUCGACAAUAUCACGCUAAACUCGUGGCCGAAUCCGACGCAGAAACUAGCAUGAAUUCGAUUGUCUUCCAGGAGCGCGUACAUGUACCAACCAGCAGUACUGUGUAGGAGAUAGUUGCCGAGUGUUCCGCAUGGAGGAGAUAUUUGGUUGAGGAUAUGUCGUAGUAUUUAUUUACUUUAUUUUAUGAUGUUUCAAAGUAUAUUUAAGAGGUUUAUGUAGGCAUUUCUUGCUGUGUCACUACUGGAAGUCGGUGAACCACCCGCCCAACCUUGCACCAAAUGGCAAGCUGAGCGGGGAGCAGAGAACUCGAGAAUCCUAGCUUCAAUCUAGAAGGUCUCGAGUACGCCUGUCAAACUAUUACUUUUAUAAUGAGGCAUUGACUACAUCUCAAUUUUCACGGAGUUGCGCCAUA